GACAGACCCUGUCCCCUUGCACAUGGUCCCUGUCGUGUAGAGGAGUCCAUGAGGCAGCACAUGCCCAACCCACCGUUGUUUCACCGGCCUGCAAAUAACCAAGCCGUUUCUCCCUUCCACAACAAUGGUCCUACCUUCUCUCUUGAAAAUCUGGGAGCUGUUUCUUACCAGACCUGGGGCUCCUGUAUGGCUGGCCAGCCCACCCAGGCCUUCUGGAUCUCUGAAUGGGCCAUCAUGACCGCAGACCAAGGACACCACUACCAGCAGGGCCCAUGCUAUAUGGCUCUGGCCUUGCCCUCUGCAGCCCUUAAGGACCUAAGUGGCCCUUGCAUACUGCCUGGGCAACAUGCCACUGAAACUGUUGGCCACUGGCAGCGUAAAUACAGACAGCUCUUCUGUGGACUCCCUUCCUUGCACAGCGAGUCCCUGGUUGCCAACUUCCUGGGCUCUCCUGCCCUCUCGCUAAAAGACGGCAUGUCCAAGCUUCCCUUGAAGGAUCCUUUCCUCUUCAGGGAGCUCUCCUUCCUUCCCUGCCCCCCUAAAACUCCACCCCAGUCAGCCCCACCCUGCUCCCCAUCUCCCCCAAACCAGUUGACUCCCACUGACCAGCACCAAGCUCAGGCCAAUAUCCCAUUUCUGACUCUGGCUGAGUGUGAGGCCCUGGAGUGGCACGUGCUAUAGAGGCAACUGCAGCUUCAGUGGGGCUUGCCAGCUGUUUGCCAGGGCUCUCAGCAUGCCCUGAGUCCCGCUCCAUUUAAGUUCUGUGACAAAGCCCGGUCUCCUGAGAUACUGACAGCUUCCUGGCCUGGGAAGCCCAUCUCAGGCCUCACCAGGGACCUUCUGUUGCCGGAGCAAGGCCGCAGGCUGCUGCAUUUCCACCUCCAGAGGCAGUUGAUUCACAGCCGCUGGGGGCUACCCCAGAAGAUCCAACAGUCCCUCCAGCUGUUCCUGUCCACUGACAUUCGGCCUCUAGCCCAGAACAGUGCAGUGCUACCCCUCGGGAGUGUCUCCCAAGCUACCCCGCUAGAGGCCAGUGGGAUGGAUGGCCCAUCCCUGCCCAGCAGGGACCCAGUGCCCGUCCCUAUGCCACACUUGUUUGCCCAGUAUCUGGCCUUCUUGUCGGGGCUGCCUGCUCUCUAUUAUGUGGCCCUCUCCGUGGCCAUGAGCCCCGCAAGCGCUCCCCAAGAUGAAACCGCGAACACGAAGCCCAACCCAGCCAAGACAGCCGCAAUCCCAACCACCCCUGCAGAGCCGUGCCUAGGCCCUGAGCCACCCUUCCAAGGUGCCGAGGAGACCAGUGAGGACACUGCCGACGAGUUCCAGGACGAUGUGCAGGUGGAAGAAACGGUGGAGACGGUGGAGACCGUGCCUCUGGAAGACCAGUCAGAGCCACCGAGCCCCAUCUUGACCAAACUCAAUUUCCACCUCAGAAAGAAGCUCCUGGAGAUAAGGCUGGGAAUUCCCGCACAGGCAAGGGAAUCCAGGGAACAUGCCGGAGCAGGCUGGGACAAUGUAGCCACGCAGGAGUUCCACGACCAAAGGACAUUGGACCCUAGGGGCCACACGUUGCUGCAGGAGCUCCCCCUCCCUCCAGGCAGUCCUGGAACCCCAGAUGCAGAAUGGCUCAGCCUUCAAGGACAGCUGGCCUUCCGGUUAAAGGCAGUGCAGCAGAACCAGUCACAGCCUAGUUCCAGAGCGUCAUCCACCGGCUCUGCCCACUGGGCCUCCAAGGUCGCAGCACCCAGUGAGGACAUGACCAAGGCCCAGGUGCUCUGUGUGCAGCUGGAGGCCAGCGCCAGCAGCAGCAGCCUGGAGGAGUCCUGGGGCCCUGAGCACCACAGUCUUGGCAAGGUCAGGGCCUCGGCCCCAGCUCCAGAGGGGGCAGAACAAAGAGACAAGCCAGGGAAGCCCAAGUCAGUGGCUGGGGAUCACGGGGAAGGGGAUGCGGGCUUUGCACUCUCCUCAGCUAGAGAAGAAAGCCCCCACGCUGAGGCCCAGAGUCCAGCAAGGACGCUUCUGAGCAGGACACACAGCGGCCUCUGGCGACGGAGCCAUCGCUUUCACCUCGAUGCUUCCUGUCCACAAGGUCCCCAGCAUUGCCCUCAGCUUCGACUCCCAGGACAACCUCCCAGACUUCCUGGGGGCAAGGAACCUGAGAAGGACCACCCGCAACACGGUCAAACCAAGCAAGCCAAGGCCAGUGUCACCCUACAGCCAGCAAGGAUGCCUCAGAGUGCCCAGCCUGCGCUGCCCCGGGCGUCGCUCCUCCGGGGUAAGCGUCUGCCUGCCCAAACUAGGCAAGGUCAGGUUUUACAGGGCCAGCUGUUGCCCAUCCAUAGCCGCAAGAGGCCCAGCCUCCCAGAAUCUGGCCUGAGAAAUAUGAUCAAGUCUUUUCUGCACUGUAUUAAUGCCAAGCCAAAAGCCAAAGGGCAUGCAUACUCCAUGCUCUCUACAGCACAGAUAGUGGCCAAAGCCAGAAAAGAGAAAGCUGAAAAGAGCCUGGCUCUAGCCAAAGGCUCCUUGGGACAAAGUAAGACAGAGAGAAUAACAGGGGGCCCCAAGGCCUCAUCUCCCCCCACUGAGCAGGUGGGCGUGGUCUUCUCGGUUGACCCCAGUUCUGCCCCUAACAAACUCCGGCACCGCUUCCGAACCCACUCCCGUAUAACCCCCUUGGCCUCUGUCCUGGGCCUCCCCCGAUACUGCCCUCGGCACUGUCCCCAAGGAGUUAAUGCCACCCAACCGGGGAACCCACCCUAAGUCUCCUCUCACUUCAGAGGGUGACGCUGGUCUGCUCAGGAAGACCCAGCCAAGUCAAGAGCUGGAGGCUCCCCACAAGGGUGCUGUGUCCCUGGGAGAGGACGCCACUGUCAUUUUCAUUAAUGUGUGA